ACAUACAUUUUAACAAUGAAAUUGUUAGUCAUUUAUCUAUGCAUUCUCUAUAUAGGUUUCAUUUCUGCUGAUUUUUCCGGACCCACAACUCGGAUGGGUGAAGAAAAUAAGGAACGUUGGCUAAAAUUUCAUGCCUUAUCUGCGUACCAGAAGGUCAACAAAACAUUGAUUAACAACGUGUGUGGCCACUGGUCAGAACCGGUCAAAUGUUUUACAAAAAUCGGUCGAUCGACUGAUGCAGAAAUGGUUAAUUGUGACCGUUAUUGCUGUUCGCGUGGAUUUGUGACCGGAUUUUGUAACAGACAUUUGGGUCUCGACAGCGACGUCGGAGGCGUUAGUAUUAAUUUAUUGCCCGUUAAGUUGUAUCUGUCGUCCAAUUGUUUGUGUACUAAUUCAUGGACCGAUUCGUCGUGUGGUUUGGACGGUUCGUUUUUGGGCAUCAGAUGUCCUGAUAAGAGUGCCUGUCGUAGAAAAUGCUGUCGUAAUGGUAAAACUGGUGGUCAUUGUUCCGGAUUUUUAAGAUUGAAAUGUAAAUGCGAUUAA